GCCAGGUUAGAGCUCAGACAAGGCUCUGUCCAGCCAGCUCAACUUUUAACCACCACAACUCUUCAGAGGGAUGUCUUUCCUAUAAGUUGACAAAACUGAGGCAUUAACCCAAGUUCUAUAACUUUCAGCUCUCUCAUUUGCUAUAUUUGCUUAUUUUUAAGCAUUUAAAAAGUUCUCUUCACUGAGGAAAAGUAGUGCGCGACAGUUUUAGAGGAGACAGGCGCGAAACAUCCACGUUUGGAUUAUAGUUUCUGUUUCUCGUCUUUCAGUUGAGAAAACCCGACUCGUGAUGGUUGUCCUGUCAUUUAAGUUACUCAUAGUAGGAGUUGUUGUAAGUUUGACUUCGGCUCAUCUGGCUGGUGAAAUUAUAGAUAAAGAAGAUUUGUUGAAGAACCGUCUAAAAGAGUAUGGCCUCAUUACUCCCAUCAGUACCGACGCAGAGGGACACUUCCUCUCGCAUUUUCUAUCAGCCAAUCACAAGCAGCGUGUGAAGCGGGAUGUUUUGGAGGGGCCAGCGCUAGCACCUGACAGAUUGUUCUUUAACAUCACUGUCUUUGGCAAGGAAUUCCACCUCCGACUGCAUCCCAAUCAGAGAUUAGUGGCUCCAGGAGCCAUGGUGGAAUGGCACGAUGAUAUCGAAAUAGCUGGAAAUGCGACUGAUAACAGAACCCACUUUGAACGAAUACUUAAAAGAGAGUUGCUAAAAACAGACUGCACUUUUAUCGGGGACAUCACGGAUGUGCCUGGAGCUUCUGUCGCCAUUAACAACUGCGAUGGGCUGGCUGGUAUGAUCCGUACUGACUCUGAUGAGUACUUCAUUGAGCCUCUGGAGCGAGGGACACAGGAACACGAGGAGAGAGGAAGAGUGCAUGUAGUGUAUCGAAGAUCUGCGGUAUUGCAAAAUCCUUCAGACAUCUCUUUGGAUUACCAGCCAAUCGAGCCUGAAUUGGACGCGCCAAGAGUGCUGGACAAUAUUGCUAAACAAGUCAACAAGACAGCGAGGAGACGGAGACACGCUGGUGAUGAGGACUACAACAUUGAGAUUUUGCUCGGAGUUGAUGAUUCUGUCGUCCGAUUCCAUGGGAAGGAGCAUGUGCAGAACUAUCUGCUCACGCUCAUGAACAUUGUGAAUGAGAUUUACCACGAUGAAUCUUUGGAAGUGCACAUCAACGUUGUGCUUGUAAGGAUGAUCAUGCUUGGAUAUGCUAAGUCCAUCAGUCUGAUUGAGCGUGGCAACCCUUCUCGAAGCCUGGAGAAUGUGUGCCGCUGGGCAUUCGUCCAGCAGAAAGAGGAUCCAGAGCACUCUGAGCAUCACGACCAUGCCAUCUUUCUCACCCGCCAAGGCUUCGGCCCCACCGGCAUGCAAGGAUAUGCCCCUGUCACCGGGAUGUGCCACCCUGUCCGCAGCUGCACCCUCAAUCAUGAAGACGGCUUCUCUUCUGCUUUUGUUGUAGCCCAUGAGACAGGACAUGUAUUGGGAAUGGAGCAUGACGGCCAGGGCAACCGCUGCGGUGACGAAACAGCCAUGGGAAGUGUGAUGGCCCCUCUGGUGCAAGCAGCUUUCCACCGCUACCAUUGGUCCAUGUGCAGUGGGCAAGAGCUGAAGAGAUACAUUCAUUCAUAUGACUGCCUGCUGGAUGACCCCUUCAAACAUGACUGGCCGCAGCUCCCUGAACUUCCCGGCAUCAAUUACUCCAUGGAUGAGCAGUGCCGUUUCGAUUUUGGAGUUGGAUACAAAAUCUGUACUUCAUUCCGCACAUUUGAUCCAUGCAAGCAGCUGUGGUGCAGUCAUCCAGAUAACCCCUACUUCUGCAAGACCAAGAAGGGACCUCCGUUGGAUGGGACCGAAUGUGCACCUGGCAAGUGGUGCUAUAAAGGUCACUGUAUGUGGAAGAAUGCCAACCAAGUGAAGCAAGAUGGAACCUGGGGUUCCUGGAGCAAGUAUGGCUCCUGUUCUCGCUCCUGUGGGAUGGGUGUUCGCUUCAGAACGCGCCAGUGCAACAACCCUGUUCCAUCUAAUGGAGGCCAGGACUGUCCAGGGGUGAACUAUGAGUACCAGCUCUGUAACACAGAUGAUUGUCCCAAACACUUUGAGGACUUCAGAGCCCAGCAGUGUCAACUUCGCAACUCCCACUUUGAAUACCAGAACUCUAAACACCAUUGGCUUCCUUAUGAACACCCAGAUGCUAACAAAAGGUGCCACCUUUAUUGCCAGUCGAAAGAGACAGGUGAUGUGGCAUACAUGAAGCAGCUGGUGCAUGAUGGGACAAGGUGCUCAUACAAAGACCCGUACAGCAUCUGCGUGCGUGGGGAGUGUGUGAAAGUGGGCUGUGACAGGGAAAUUGGCUCCAAUAAGGUGGAAGAUAAGUGUGGCGUGUGUGGGGGUGACAACUCUCACUGCCGAACUGUGAAAGGAACCUUCACCCGAGUGCCCAAAAAAGCUGGGAAAACAAGAGGAGCCUUCCUGUUGCCGAAAGGAGCUCGGAAUGUGUAUCUGAAUGAAACGGGCGAUUCUAGAAAUGUGAUGGCUAUCAAGAACCAGGCAACAGGGCAUUAUGUCCUCAAUGGCAAAGGAGAAGAUGCGAGAUCUCGGCGCUUCAUUGAAAUGGGAGUGGAGUGGGAUUAUCUCAUCGAGGACGAUGUCGAGACGCUCCAUACUGACGGGCCACUGAACGAUGCUAUUGUUGUUCUGAUUAUACCAAAAGACAAUGAGACAAGGUCAACGCUUAUGUACAAGUACAUCAUCCAUGAAGAUUCAGUGCCCCUAAACAACAAUAACGUCAUUCAGGAGGACACGUAUGAGUGGGCACUGAAGAGCUGGUCCCAAUGUUCGAGACCUUGUGCUGGAGGCUUCCAGUACACCAAAUAUGGGUGCCGUAAAAAAGGUGACAACAAAAUGGUGCAUAGAGGUUAUUGUGAUGUCAACAAGAAGCCCAAGCCUAUUCGAAGGAUGUGUAACUUACAGGACUGUACGCAACCACAGUGGAUCACAGAGGAGUGGGAACACUGUACUAAAACAUGUGGGAGCUUGGGAUAUCAAAUUCGUACUGUGCGCUGUGUUCAGUUCCUUCAUGAGGGCACAAACCGCUCCAUUCACAGCAAGUACUGCAACGGGGAAAAGCCUGAGAUUAGGAGGCCAUGUAACAGAGUGGCCUGCCCAGCCCAGUGGAGGACUGGGGCCUGGUCAGAGUGUUCAGUGUCCUGCGGAGAAGGUGUGUCACGACGCCUGGUCACAUGUCGCAUUGGAGAUCAAUGUACUGGUGAGAAGCCUGAGUCGCAAAAGCCUUGUAGGCCAAGACCCUGCCACGAUGAGCCGUGCGGAGGAGACAAGUCCAUAUUCUGUCAGAUGGAGGUUCUGGCACGUUAUUGCUCGAUUCCAGGCUACAACAAGCUCUGCUGUGAAUCCUGCAGUAGGAGAAGUGGCACUUUUGCUCCUCUUCUGCAUGAAGCUGCAGAGACAGAGGAGGAACUUCGCUUCGGUUCAGCCUCCCAACUUCUGGAGACGCUCUCAGCCGCUGCUAAUGGAUCUCUGAAAGUCCCGCAGCAGCAGCAGCGGGGAUCCUCGUCACAAGGCCAAUUUGCCAAGCAAGCCGCCACUCCCCCGCCUCGCAAACACAAUACAGAGAACAGCAAGGCUCAAAAGCGCCUCAAACCCGGCGCUAGAAAUCUUCCUGCAUUGUCAAUCCGUAGCUCAUGGAGCGAGGACGACGUUAAAGAUGCACCUCUGCAGCUGGAAAGUUUCCAAGAAAGUCAGCGGCCAACAACAUCUUCUGAGGUGGAGAGAUGAAGGAAAGUGUGUCUCUUUUUUCCCCUCUCUGGACUCUCUCUCUCCCUCUCUUUUAUUUGUCUGUUGUAGAUAUAGACCUUUAACAUUCAUCUUUCCCUUCAGAUCAUCUUCAAGAUAUUUAAAAGCAGGAGAGAGUAAAGUGCUGGUACACUUUGAAAUGUUCUCUUUUUCCCCCAGUAGCAGCAGUUGUCUUUAAAACACACUUGUCAGUCACACAUAGUUGUGACGGGGAAUGUGCCAAAAGAGUUUUCGCCAUGAUCCUCCAAGCAUUCUGGUCUAUCGGGGGUUUGGUGUUGUGUACAAGCUCUGGUUGUAUCAACUUCUUGAUCGUAAAGGUUUUGUUUUUAGCAACUCCAAACAUCUUGACCAAUUGAUAUUUAUGAACGUUCCUGUAAAUACUGUAUAUGAAAAAAGUCAGUAUUAUUAUUUUUUUCUUCAAAAAUACAAACUGAGGAUUUUUUAAAAAGAAGAGAUUCAGGAGCAUUAUUGGUGCUUUUUAUAUUAACAAGCGAUUUAAGAAUUCGAUAAGAAAAAAAAAAACACCGAAGAACAGUGUGAGCCCAGGUAAAUAAAAAGCAUUACGUGAAGUAGCGUUACAAUAGCCUUAGAAUCUUUACUUUUAUUUUUGAAAACAUUUAAUAAAAGCAGCUUCUCAGCAAGCCAUCAGUCAAAUCUCAAUCCUCAUGGACUGGGAUUUAUUUUAUUUGUUUACCGUCUUCUUCCAGAAGAAUUUAUUUUCCCCCACUUAUUUUACCAUGAUGUUAAGGCUUUUCUUUGAUGCCUGCCUUUUUGGUUCUAUGAAUUUAUCUUUGGAGAAGAUGAGUUCAGUCAAGAGUUCAGUCAUGAUAUAGAUGGCCCAUCACAUAAACAGCGAAGGAAAAACAAUUAAGAAUCUACUUGAAAACAGUCUAAGGAUUUAACAGUAUGUGUUUGAGAGAAGGUGGCGGCACUGUCGCCUCACAACAAGAAGGUCAUUGGUUCGAGUCACAGCUGGGCCAGUUGACAUUUCUGCGUUGAGUUUGCAUGUCCUCUCCAUGUUUGCGUAGGUUUCCUCCUGGUGCUUCGCUUUCCCCCACAGUCCAAAGACAUGCGCUGUAGGUGAAUUGAGUAAAACAAAAUUGGCAUUGAUGUAUGAGUGUGUGUGUGAAUGUGAUAGUGUAUGAGUGUUUCCCAGUACUGGGUUGCAGCUGGAAGGGCAUCCGCUGUGUAAAACAUAUGCUGGAAUAGUUGGCAGUUAAUUCCGCUGUAGCGACCCAUGAUAAAUAAGGGACUAAGCUGAGUGAAAAUAAAUUAAUGAAUGUUUGAGAAAAAAAGCAACCGAAUUUUUGUUUUAUCCUGAAAAAUAUUGAUGACAUUUCUUCUAAAUUUCAAGCGAGAAUAUAAACGUACACUCACAUGGUCCAACAACACUUUAUUAGGUACACCUUACUUGCACCGUGUUGGAGCCCCUUUUGCCUUCAGAACUGCCUUAAUCCUUCGUGGCAUAGAUUUAACAAAGGUACUGGAAAUAUUCCUCAGAGAUUUUGGUCCAUAUUGACAUGAUAGCAUCAUGCAGUUGCUGAAGAUUUGUUUGCUGCACAUCCAUGAUGUGAAUCUCCCGUUCCACCACAUCCCAAAAGUGCUCUAUUGGAUUGAUAUCUGGAGGCUGUGGAGGCCGUUUGAGUACAAUAAACUCAUUGUGAUGUUCAAGAAACCAGCCUGAGAUGAUUUGCGCUUAAUUGUGCGUUAUCCUGCUGGAAGUAGCUAUCAGAAGAUGGGUACACUAUGGUCAUAAAGGCAUAUGGCGUUGAUACGAUGCUCUGCAUCAGAUCUUCCUGACCAUGUCUACAUGCCUAAACGAGUUUUAAUUGAGUUGCUGCCAUGUGAUUGGCUGAUUAGAAACUUGCAUGAACGAGCAGUUGGACAGUUGUACGUAAUGAAGUGGACAGUGAGUGUAUGUGAACAUGACACCUUUAGUGAUUUUAUUCAAAUAUAAAAAGAUCUAAUUGAUAGUUUUGUUUGAAAAGUGGAAGAAAUGUCAUCAGUUGCUUUUUAGAAUAAAACUAAAUUAUAUUUUACUCAAAAUCAUAACUUUAAAUAGUAAAUCCACAGAAACCAAGCCUUUUUUUCAAGUGGUCUCUUAAUAGUUUUUUUUCCAAUAGUUGUAUAUAGACAAGACUUUGAAAGAGUAAAGCUGGACUUUGUGGAGAUCUUAUACUGUGAGACACUGCACAAGAUAUCUCACUUAUCUGAGGGAGAGGAAAGCUAUUUAUUUUUAUAAUCAAGGGUUAUAUCUCAACCACAAUGCAUCUGACUGCAAUACCAAGGAAACCAGUUAAUCUGUCAGUGGAGUUCAGCUGUUCAUAAGGUAAACACACAUUCAUCUGUGUGCCACUGUUAAGCUAUUGUAUAUACCAUUGAGAACUUUUACAGUAUUUAUUAAGAUUCAAAGUUCAACGUCAUGUCUUUUCUGCAACAUUUUCUGUUACUUCAAACCAAAAACACAAGAUCCCAUUGAAUAAUAACAGUAGCUCAUAAAAGUAAACAAAGGUAGACAUACAAAGACUUUUCUUGUUGUUUUACUGGCAUUGUAGCUAUAAUAAAACACUUGCUCAGAUUUUGAGAUGUUAUAAUGAGAGAAAGCUGCUUCACAGCUGUUUUAGAAUAGAAAUAUUGAAGAGAACACCCAAAACAAAACUAUCAUUUACAGUGAUUCUUACUGUCCUUUACCCACAAAUCCCCCAAUCCUACACGAAACUGUUUUUCAGUUCAUUCGUAGCUUUAACUUUAAAAGACAAAGUUUUAAUGGAUUUUGAACCUAGAGUAGACAAUAGGCAUUAAGACAGUAAACUUUUUCUGUGUACAUCAUUCAGUCAGUUGAAGCUGAGGUGAACAGCGUGUGCGUUUUCAUUUAUUGGCAUUCUCUUUCUGCAAUUUGUUUGCUAAAAUAGAUGACAUGCCUUCAGAGACCCAAAAGAAUGCAAGAUAGUAGAAAUUACAUUGACAAUCCCUAAGCCGCAGACAGACACCCAUUAUGAAAGGAUAAAGUGUAUUUAUCCUCCCAAUUUCAUGUCCGUUUAAGAGUUAAUUGUUGUUCUGGCUUACAAAGACACUUUCAGUUGCUAAAUGCUUGCAGUCAUUUCUUUUUUGUUUAGUUUGUACUUUUGUUAGUUGUAAUGAAAGUGUACACUACUGAGGCUGUUUGUUGUAAUGGGGAGCACAUAGCAAUAAAGAAAAUAAUAAACACCA